AUGGAGCUCAGUCCACUCUCUGUGAUGCUCUUGCUGAUUUCACUUAUACCAGUGGCCCAGGCUGAAGGGAGUCCUAAAGCUGUGGUGUCCAUAACGCCUGAUACACAUGUGUUCAUUAGAGAGACUGUUGCUCUCAGAUGUAACAUCCAGGGAGGAGGAGACACUCAGUGGACUUACAGCUGGAAAAAAAAUAAUAACGGACUUACAGGACACAAAGACUCAUACAAAGACAACACAAUGCAGGAGUUCAUAAUUUGGUCUGUUAAAGACUCUGACAGUGGUACCUACACCUGCAGAGGAAAUGGGAGUGACUCUCAGAGUUCAGAGAUCAGUGAUGCUGUUACACUGACUGUAUCAGAGAGACCACAGGCAGUACUGAAUGUAUCUCUACAGAGCUGGCUGACUGAAGGAGACUCAGUGACUCUAAGCUGUGAGGUUACAGACUCCUCUACAGACUGGACAUUCAGCUGGUACACAGUUGUUCCCUACAGAGACGGCUUAACUGGAAUAAAUAAUAAUGGUGGCUAUAGCGUGUAUGUGGAGCUCCUCUCAGACAGCAGCAGAGGAUCUGGAGGCAACUACACUCUCAGUCCUGCUGCUCUUAAUCACACAGGAGUUUAUAUGUGCAGAGGAGAGAGAGGAGAACCAGCCUUUCACUCACAGUACAGCAAUCCACAGCCACUAUGGAUCACUGGUGAAUCUCCUCCAGUCUCUCUGAUCAUCAAUCCCAGCAGAACUCAACACUUUACUAAUGACUCUCUCUCACUGAGCUGUGAGGACCAGAGUAACUCUACUGGAUGGACAGUGAGACGAUAUACACACGGUGAGAGAGUGUUAGAUUGUUCACACUGGGGAUCAGUUACAGGAUCUACAUGUAACAUCAGCUUCCUCUCCACAUCCUACACUGGAGUUUACUGGUGUGAGUCUGAAUCUGGAGAAAACAGUAAUCCUGUCCACAUCACAGUGCAUGAUGGUGAUGUGAUCCUGGAGAGUCCUGUCCAUCCUGUGACUGAGGGACAUCCUCUGACUCUACGCUGUUUAUAUCACAACCCAAAUCCCUCAAACCUCCGAGCUGAUUUCUAUAAAGAUGGAUCAGUUCUCCAGAACCAGACUACAGGAGAGAUGAUCAUCCAAACUGUCUCAAAGUCAGAUGAAGGUUUCUACCACUGUAAACACCCAGAGAGAGGAGAGUCACCCAAAAGCUGGAUCUCAGUCAGAUUGCUGAUUUCACUUAUACCAGUGGCCCAGGCUCAAGGGAGUCCUAAAGCUGUGGUGUCCAUAAAGCCUGAUACACAUGUGUUCAUUGGAGAGAUUAUUACUCUCAGAUGUGACAUACAGGGAGGAGGAGACACUCAGUGGACUUACAGCUGGAAGAAAAAUAAUAAUGAACCUUAUAUAGAUGAAAGGGAGAGAGUCUAUACAGACAGCAUAAGGCAGGAAUUCAGAAUCUGGUCUGUUGAAGACUCUGACAGUGGUACCUACACCUGCAGAGGAAAUGGGAGAGACUCUCAGAUCAGUGGUUCUGUUACACUGACUGUAUCAGGUGAAUCUCCUCCAGUCUCUCUGAUCAUCAAUCCCAGCAGAACUCAACACUUUACUGAUGACUCUCUCUCACUGAGCUGUGAGGACCAGAGUAACUCUACUGGAUGGACAGUGAGACGAUACACACACAGUGAGAGAGUGUUAGAUUGUUCACACUGGGGAUCAGUUACAGGAUCUACAUGUAACAUCAGCUUCCUCUCCACAUCCUACACUGGAGUUUACUGGUGUGAGUCUGAAUCUGGAGAAAACAGUAAUCCUGUCCACAUCACAGUGCAUGAUGGUGAUGUGAUCCUGGAGAGUCCUGUCCAUCCUGUGACUGAGGGACAUCCUCUGACUCUACGCUGUUUAUAUCACAACCCAAAUCCCUCAAACCUCCGAGCUGAUUUCUAUAAAGAUGGAUCAGUUCUCCAGAACCAGACUACAGGAGAGAUGAUCAUCCAAACUGUCUCAAAGUCAGAUGAAGGUUUCUUCCACUGUAAACACCCAGAGAGAGGAGAGUCACCCAAAAGCUGGCUCUCAGUCACACGUGAGAAAUCCUCCUCCAUCUCAGGUUCUAGUUCCAGUGGUGGAUCCAGUGUUGUAACAGUAGGACUGGUUGUGGGUUUGGGAUUUGUGUUCAUCACUUUACUGAUCUUAAUGAUCCUGCUAUGUUCCUGCAACAGAAAAAAAGGUCAGAUAACUGCUUUAAUUAACUCUAAACAAUAAAGUACAGAAGUGUCUUGUAGAGAUUAACACACUGUGCUGUGUUCAGGUGAAGCUGCAGCUGAGAGCAAUGAUGCCACUUACACACAGGUGAAAAAGAAAAAGAAGACAAACAGGAACAAUGGAGCUGAUGCUGAUGUGACUUAUGCUGAGAUCCAAUUAAAACCAAUGAAAAAAGCAAAGAGAAAGAAAGAAAAGGCCAGUGUGACUGAUGAUACUGUCUACUCAGCGGUGAAGCACAACAUGGAGGUAAGACUCAUGAUAUUUACAGCAUGAAUUCUAGAAGACAAACCAAAAAUUGUAACAUGAAUGAAAGGUGUAUAAUUACUAUAGCAGCCAUUAUUAAUUAUUGCUCAUGAAAAUGUCCAACACUUCAAGGGAUGACUUGUACAUUUUAAUUGCCACAGUUAACAAGUUAACUAGUUUGUAACAUCAGUGACAGCAAUAUCAG